AUGAUCUCUAUCGCCGUUCGCUCCAUUCGUGGAGCCAUCGCCCGUUUUUCCCCGCCAGCCUCAUUCCCCUACUCCCCGCUAGCCGAUGCCAACUACCAUUCCGAGCCUCCGUCGCCAGGCGGAUCCGGUUCCGGGUCGCAGUCCAAGUCCAGAUCCAUCUUCGCGAGGCUGCUGGCUCUCCUCUUCUUCCUGCUGCCCUCGUUCGUGCAGCGCCGGCUGCGGCCCAACGACUUCAAGCAUCGUCGCAUAUACCCGACCUCCUGGCUCGACGGCCUGCGCGGUGUCGCAUCCUUGAUUGUCUUCUUCUGCCACUUCACAGAAAAGCAUGCCGCCUGGUUUACCGCUCGGGCAUACGGUAUCCCCGAUGAGAACGACAAUGUCGCCUCCUCGCCGCUUCAGCUCCCCUUUGUCCGCGUUAUCUACAGCGGCCGCCCCAUGGUCCACAUCUUCUUCGUCAUCUCGGGCUUCGUCCUGUCCCUGAAGUCUUUGAAGCAGGCAAGGAAGCGGGACUACGAUGGUCUGCACCGCACCCUUUCGAGCUCUGUCUUCCGACGCGGUUUCCGCUUGUUCCUCCCCACCACCGCCUCGACUUUCAUCAUCAUGGUCAUGAUCCGCCUUGGAUGGACCGGCUCACCCCUGCCCACACUGUGGGAACAGUUGGUGGAUUGGAAGAAUGCCGUAUGGAGGAUUACCUUCAGCUGGCAGUGGGACAUCACCCAGAUCCUCCCCUACGACGUCCAUCUCUGGACCAUCCCCAUCGAAUUCUCCAAUUCUCUGCUGCUCUUCAUCGUCCUGACCGGUCUGAGCCGCAUGAAGACAUACUUACGUCUCGCGUCUGUCUUGGCCAUCAUGGUUUACUGCCUCAAAUGCGGCCACUGGGCUGCCUUUGAGUUCCUGGGCGGUAUGGGACUUGCAGAGGUCGGCCUCAUCCAGGAAGCGCGCCGCGAGCGCGUCACCUCUAUCAUCCAGGACAAGGAGGCGUCUGACAUGGAGGCCUCCGUUGUCCCGGACGCGACGUCGACCUCCAUAGCCACACGCCUCUUCAAGGCAUUCCUGGUUGGCAACCUAAUCUUUGCCCUCUUCGUCGCCGGCUGGCCAAACCAAAAGGCUGACGUCACCCCGGGUAUGUCGCCGCUUUGGCACAACACCAUGGAACCCUUCUUCACCAUGGGCGGCGACCUGGUCUCGUUCCCCUGGUACGCCCUUGGCGCCAUGCAGAUUGUCGCCGCGUUACAGCAAAUCAAGAUGUUGCAGAACAUCUUUGUAACGCCGCUGGCGCAGUAUCUUGCCGACAUCAGCUAUGCCUUGUACCUUGUACACGGACCGGUGCUGGAUGUCUUCUCUCAUCGUUGGAUGCCGGUCGCCUGGUCUUUGGUAGGCGGCAGCAACGAGGCUGGCGUGUUGGGACGAGUGGUGGCAUGGGUUGUCGGAGUAGUGGCACUCCUGGUCCCAGUCGUCUGGGCCAGCGACGUGUUUUGGCGAACAAUCGACAUCAAGAGCGUGGAGUUGGCACAUUGGAUCGAGGCUCGUUGCAUACGAGACGAGUAG